AUGGCGCAUGUAGCCGGGAGACAACCAUCUCCUAUCUCCAGCGGCAUGGCCGAGACAAAGGAUAUCGAACAGUAUACACCACCCGUUGAGUCAUCACCAGACGAAAAGAUCAACCAGAAGACACCGAGCCAUGUUCAUGCUUUCUGGUCCCGUCUCGCAUCAUGGGGCGUGGAACUGCGCGGUAUCGUUCCCGUCGAGCUCAAGGAUCGAACGGAUAGAAACGUACUGAGUUUAUUCGUCCUCUGGUUUACCAUCAGCUGCAACCUCCUACCAGUUAUUACCGGGAUGGUAGGGACGCUGAGUUUAAAACUGAGCUUGAGGGAUGCUUCGUUGGUGAUCAUCUUUUUCAACCUGCUCUGUACCAUCCCGCCCGCUUACUUGUCUGUCUUUGGGCCGAAGACAGGCAUGCGGCAAAUGAUACAGGCCCGCUAUAGCUAUGGGUUAUACCUAGUCAACAUCGUCGUGUUGCUGAACAUGUCUACCAUGUCCGGCUUCACCAUCAUAAACUGCGUGAUAGGCGGCCAGACCUUAUCGGCCGUGAACAGCGGUAGCUUAAACGUCAAUGUCGGCAUAGUCAUUGUCGCGCUGGUAGCGUUGUUCAUCUCCUUCUUCGGGUAUAGAGUGCUGUACCACUAUGAGAGAUGGGCUUGGAUACCGACCUUGAUAAGCCUGCUCGUAGCUACUGGGUGUGGCGGGAAGUAUCUUUCGAACCAACACACGCCACCACCGGCGACUGCCGUGCCAAUCUUAUCGUUUGGAGGACUCCUGGCUGGAUUCCUUAUUUCUUGGGCAGCGCUGAGUUCGGACUACUGCGCGUAUUUCCAUCCAAGCGUUUCAUCAAAACACGUCUUCGCAGCUGUAUACGCCGGUCUAUGUCUACCAAAUAUACCCCUCAUGAUCCUCGGUGCAGCAAUAGGCGGCGCAGUACCCAAUAUACCCAACUGGUCCACCGCAUACGAAACUGGCUCUGUAGGCGGAAUAUUCGCCGCAAUGCUCUCUUCUGCCGGCGGCUUCGGCAAAUUCAUCAUCGUCCUACUCACCUUCUCAACCCUAGGUAACAUCGCAGCAAGCAUAUACAGCAUAACACUCAACUUCCAGCUUCUACUUCCCGUCUUUGCACGUGUUCCCCGCGCCAUAUUCGCAAUCGUCUUCAUCGCAAUUGUCAUUCCGGUCUCGAUACGUGCGGCCGUAAGUUUCUUUGUCUCUCUGGAGAAUUUCGCUGCAGUCAUCUCUUAUUGGUCUGCGACUUUUGUUGCCAUCAUCGCCAUUGAGCAUGUUGUUUUUCGCAAGGGUGAUUAUAAUUCAUACGACCCGUCGGUGUGGAAUGAUGGGGCGGCCCUGCCCAGUGGUAUUUCGGCUAUAGCGGCUGGGGCGCUCUCGUUUGCCCUGGUGGUUCCGUGUAUGUUGCAAACUUGGUUUCAGGGACCGAUUGCUAAAGUGACAGGAGACAUCGGGUUUGAAGUUGCGAUGGUGUUAAGUGGUAUUUUGUACCUCCCUUUUCGAGCGCUGGAGAUCAGACUUAGAAAAAGGAUAUAG